AGUCGGCCGUAUAAAACCGCCGCCAGCCGCCGACAAAGCAUUCUCGUCUGCAGACUCAUCCAGCCAGCACCAUCAUGAAGGUGAUCGUUGCCCUGUGCGCCACCCUGGCUUGUGCCAGCGCCGGCUUGGUCGCCCCGGCCACCACCCUGCUCCGGGCCCCGAGCCACGACUCGGCCAUCAUCCAGAGCCACCGGUUCGGCGGCAACUUCGCCUACCGCACGGACGAGGCGCACGCCUACGCCUCCAUCAACCCCGUCAUCUCAACGGUGCGUCGCCCGGUCGGCGUCUCCUACAGCCACGGCGCGCCCAUCGUCAAGUCCACCACCGUGGAGCACGCCGCCCCCGUGGCCGUGGCCAGCUACGCCGCCGCCCCCGUGACCACCUACGCCGCUGCCCCGGCCGUGGCCACCUACGCCGCUGUGCGUUGA